AUGGCACCGACCACCCGCCGAGAAACCUCAAAACUCUCCAACUACGCCAACCCCCUCGCAACCGCCAUCAUGAAGAAGAACGAUGUCAUCGCCGUCAUCAUCAUCAUUCUCUUCGUCCUGCUCGCCGCCGUCUCCUUCGGUAUCUGGAAGCUCGUCAGCGUCGCCAAGAAGUCCAUGAGCGUCACAUCCGGAACCAGCUCCAGCAGCGGCUCCACCGGCGACAUCGUCGAUCCGUGA